AGUUGCAAUAUUAUGUCUAAAAUUGGGCAAAUUUGUUGGUUUCCCAACCUGGACUCUGUGUUUUCAGAAGUAGAAAAUAGAAAAGGAAAAUUUUCUUAAUUUUGCAAGUUUUUGGAGACUGCCAAAAACAGCUUCUAAAAAGUAGUAUAUUCUACAUUGCUUGAGAUAUACAAUAUGUCUUAGGUAGGUAGGGAAGAGUAAAUUAAAAGACUGAUGUACCCUUGUUUGCUGGAAAGUUCAUUGAUACUUGUAUAUAUCAAUUAUCAUGUGCCAUCACUGCACCUCAAAGACUAUCCAAAAUCUUGACACACACCCACACACACACGCUCUGCCCCUCUCUCCCUCUCUCUGUUGUUGGCAAAAUGAUCAAAGGCAAAGCCGUGACAUUUCUGCUCUUCUUGGCCUUAAUAGUCACCCUUUCGAAUGCCAGGUCAAUCAUUCCUCUGCCACAGCCUCUGAAAUCUUUCAAGAUCAACGCUACCCAGAAUGCAAAUAGCUGUUCUUACACAGUCAAGAUAACAACAAGCUGUUCUUCAACUCGGUAUACAAGAGACCAAAUUAGUCUUGCAUUUGGGGAUGCUUAUGGCAAUCAGGUUUAUGCUCCAAGAUUAGAUGAUCCAUAUUCAGCUACAUUUGAAAGUUGCUCUACAGAUACAUUUCAGAUAAAAGGACCUUGCACAUACCAGAUUUGCUAUGUGUAUCUCUAUAGGAGUGGUUAUGAUGGCUGGAAACCAAAGACUGUGACUGUUUAUGGUUAUUAUACCAAGUCUGUUACAUUUACAUACAACACCUUUAUUCCUAAUGGUGUUUGGUUUGGCUUCAAUUACUGUAAUGGAGCCUUGUCAUCCAAUUGAACAAUAUAAGUACUGUCUUGGUGUCAUUUUGGAGUUCUGUAAGCAUGCAUAUUUAGCUUUCUUUUAUAUUUUCCUUGUAAUGAGAGCAGCUUUGUUUGUGAGAUAUAAUUGACAAUCAACUCUCUAUUCUAAAAGAAUGAUAAUGGCAUUGGAGUGUCUGUGUGAUAAUGGUUGAUAA